CUGGAAGCGUAUUGAAUUGUGACCCGGAUGUGGAGGUUCUUCGUAGAAGGAGGGAAGUGUUAUGAUUUUACAGACGUUUAUACUCUCCGGUGAGUGUUGAUUAUACACUGACUGGGUUGAGAGCAAGCAGAUAAAGCUAGUGUUGUGGUUUGUUCCUGAUCUGGUUACGUGAGCUGUUGUUCAGUCAUGUCUGUCGUGCCACCCAACCGAUCAUCAACCGGUUGGCCGCGUGGAGUGAAUCAAUUCGGGAACAAAUACAUAAGCACCCCAACAAAACCGCUCACGCUGGAAAGGACCAUUAACUUGUACCCCCUGACCAACUACACGUUCGGCACGAAAGAACCUCUCUAUGAGAAAGACAGCUCGGUCGCGGCGCGUUUCCAGCGGAUGCGGGAGGAGUUCGAGAAAAUCGGCAUGAGGAGGACAGUGGAGGGCGUCCUGAUUGUGCAUGAACACAGACUGCCGCACGUUCUGCUCCUGCAGCUGGGAACCACUUUCUUUAAGCUACCCGGUGGAGAGCUGAACCCCGGCGAGGACGAAGUGGAAGGGCUGAAGCGACUGAUGACAGAGAUUCUGGGACGUCAGGAUGGGGUGAAACAGGACUGGGUUAUUGACGACUGCAUUGGGAAUUGGUGGAGGCCAAACUUUGAACCCCCCCAGUACCCUUACAUUCCAGCACACAUCACCAAGCCCAAAGAGCAUAAAAAGCUGUUCUUGGUCCAGCUGCAAGAGAAAGCCCUCUUUGCAGUUCCUAAGAACUACAAGCUGGUCGCUGCACCCCUGUUCGAGCUCUAUGACAACGCCCCAGGCUAUGGACCAAUCAUAUCCAGCCUUCCACAGCUACUGAGCAGGUUCAACUUUAUUUACAACUGAGUGGUUUGCGCAGUGGUGCCGUCUUCGUACAUCAUGCAUGGACUUCGUGAAGUUACAGCUGGCAGCCAAGUAGAGCUGCAGAAGCAAGAUGUCUUUGUCAAGAUGUUCGCUACCGGUGAAUUUGAUUUGGAAUAUGUGAUUGACAUGUACUGAAUUAAAAACUUAUGCUUUUUGUUUUAAUUUUUUUUAAGUUCUGUGUUUUGUCUUUUUCCUUUUGGAGAGUACAGUUGUUUAGUAAAUAAAAAUGUCCUGUUGUGUUUUUAUUUGUAAACUUACAUUUUUAAAAAUAAAUGUCUUUUGGUAAAGA